AUGUCGGGCAAGCUUGGGGUGUGUUCCUUCUGCAAUGAGAAUGUAGCCAAGUACAAAUGCCCGAAGUGCGCUGUAGCAUACUGCUCUUUGGGAUGUUUCAAGAGUGAAAGCCACAGAGAAAUGGAUUUGAAAGUAGCACAUGUAAAAGAUAUUCACCAGAAACCGAAAGACGAGACUUACGACGAGGUUGUUAAUUCUAACCGAGAACAAUCCCCAACAAACAGAAUUUUCCAGAAAAUCGCCCAGGACCCAAAAAUCAGAGCCAUGUUAAAAUAUAAUUCUCUACAAUUGCAUCUUUUGACCUUGAUUAAGAUUUUGGAUGAUCCCACCUUGUUCAAGUCUACUAACGAGCAAAUCUUUACAACCGAAAACAAGCAUGCCAUGAUGAAUCUAAAGCUUAAUGAUCUACGCGCCGGAGGCAUUGAGCAAAACGAACUAGUAGAAGAAUUCAUCCUGCGAGUUGCAGAAUUGUAUGAAGAGUACCUGGAAGCAGAAGUUUCAACAUGAUUCUAACAAGUAGUUAAAUAUUACCAGGAUGCGAUGCAGGGAUCCAACUUACAGUAGACUGUUAUGUAGGGCAACAGGUUGCCAAAUGGUGGGCGGCAGAGUGGGUUCGUGAAUGUUUCCAUACUCCAUCAUGUCUUUGGCGUAGAGCGGUUUCAAUAGAAACUCUACUUCAGCACGCGUCCCUCCACCUACCUUAAAUUGUGCAUAGACAAAGCACCUCAAUAGGUAGAUGUGAAUAUUUCAGAUCAUGAAAAUACAAUUAGCCAAAC